CUCGCGGAAGGUAUACCGGGUAAGCCUCGAUCCCGUACUAGUUAGACGCACGUUGCGCUACCGUUUCCCGUCGAGUUCGUUUCCUGUUUUCACGCCAACCGUCGCGCCCGGCGGAUGGAUACUCGUCUAUCGUAAACGUGUGCUAAAUGUGAUUGUGAUACACGAACGAUUUUAGCGGCGAGGGGGUAUAUAUACUAGUGCAGUAAGUGUCAAGUGCUACUGGAUAGAUGAUGAAUGUGAUGAUACAGAGCUGGUUCAUCGGCGGCCUGUUCCUAUUAGGAUGCGUUCAAGAAUGUUGGCAGCUCGUGAUCAAAAACGUGGACGUCCCGAAAACGGUGAAGGUGGGCGAGGCGGAUCACGUGAUCCUGGACUGCGACUAUGAUUUCGAGAACACGCCUACGAAGGGAUUAGUCGUGAAAUGGUUCUUCAACGUCAACGAACUGGCUUACCAAUGGAUAUACGGUAGGAACCCUUUGGCCGGCGAGCUCAUGGAGAAGUACGUCGACCUGAAGUACGAAGCCAGCGACGAUCCGUACACCAAGUACCGAGCCAUGAAAUUGAAUAAGCCCGGUAUCGAUCUUACCGGCGACUACAGGUGCGUCAUAUCCACUUUCGCGGACGAGCGGUCUGCCAAUGCCUCCAUGGUUGUGUACUCAACCGAGGAAAAAUUCGAUCUUGUUUAUAGAAAGAGAACAAUAGACGAUAAGGAUGGAGUGGAGAUAUCGUGUAUGGCAGAAGGACUAUAUCCACAACCUACCCUGGAUAUAUCCAUCGAGGGUGUUCCGGAAAAGCAAACAGCGAGGCCCACCGUUACGCUGCGUGACGAUGGACUGUACGAUAUCUUAUCACGAACGGCCUUACUGGACGAAGAUUUACCGGAAGCGGCGAUUGUCAAAUGCUUGCUCGGUAUACCGAAGGCAAACUACAACGUUUCCCACCAAACCGUCUACUAUCCCGGAACGCCUACUACUACUUCAACUGCUACAACGAAGCUGCUGCAGAAAAUGGAGAACCAAGCGCUAGACAACUCAGAGGCUGGCAAUGGUGGUGGAAAUUACGCUGGUCGAAUGUCAAUUAAUGUCCUCUUAGUCAUGAUGAUGCAUCUGGCACUUGUCAACAUAUUCAAUUAACCGCUUAAUUACUAGGUCGCCGCUCCGAACGGAGUCCGAAACGAGUGGUGAACGUGUGUUAAAAAGUCAGCCCGUUUCGACGUUUCGUCUUACUACGCCUAAGAUACUUAUCGUCAAAACACCGUGUCCCCGCGUUUAAAUGUUGUUUCACAAGCGCCCAGACACACAUGCAUCGAAGUUCGGUCAACGUUCGUGUUCAUCGUUCAGCACGAGGGGGGGGGGGAAUCCUGUUUAUAACUCUGCCUACAUCGUACGCGCUGUUUAGAGUGUUAUUUGUACUCAUAACGAAGAAAAAUUUUUAGAUUAUCGCGGCCGAGGUCGACGCGACUCAAACCCAGACAGGGGUUUUUAGGCAAACUGUUGUACGGGGUCGGCUGUUUUUAAAAUAAAUCGUCAGGGGAGUGGCGUGUAAAUAAUGUUCAAGAUUUGAUCAUACAUAUGUAUAUUACAGUUCGAGUCAUAAUUGUAGACUGUGUUUGUUAUACUCUUCGUGUUACGUCAGAUUCAUAAUAUAUUGUUUAAACGUAUAAGAUGUAUGGAACUUUACAUACACGAUACACACAACAGAUAUGAUAUAUUAUAUAAAUAUAUGAGGGGGAAAAAAAAGUGAAGGCCGAACGGAUAUAUAUAUAUUGACUAUACGUAACUUGAAUGUGUAAUUAUUUUAAUAUGUGUAAAUAGCUGCGACAAUAUGCUGUAUCGAAGUGCAAAUGUCUAUGACGGAGUAUUUAGAAAAAGAAGAUAGUGAUAACAUCCUUGAUCAGGAAAAUGAGAAAUUGGGAAAUCGAACGUAUUCUGCGACAAGACGACCAACUAUUGCGUUUUUUUUUUUUUUGUAUCGCGGAGAGAAUAUUUCCGCGAGAUACGAAAACAUCCGAACGGAGAACGUAACGCGAAAUCGAAGACGAUUUCGGUACGUUUGGAACGUCACGUUGGCGAGGUCUACGAAUUUAAUUUAUUAAUUAAUUUAAUGGAACCACCAAGUUGCUCAGGCAUUCUCGUUUUAAUAUAUUUUAAUUAAUACGAUAAAAUGACCAAGGAUUUAGACUAAUACUCGUAUUAGUUCCCCUGUGGCUGUUCUGUGAAUUAUAAUACCAAAGAUAAUCUAAGAAGUGCCUGAGCAACCGGAAGUUGAACCAGUGCGCACCAAAGUUUAAUCGACUUAGGCCUAAUAUACAUGUUAUUUUUCGCUACUCGCACGCUACUCGACUAAUCGACGUUUACGAAAGGCGCUAGUCUACAAGGAAAGCGACGUUUGUUUCCCGAAUGGGAGAAAUUUUGUUUUUGUACAUCGAACGAAUCCGGCGGAACAUAACCUAUCAAAAUGUUGUACGUUAUCGCGCGAAUGUUAAUCGACCACCUGGCAUUAUCGAUAAUCACCGUUACGCGAGCGCGGGAAAUUUGAAAUCACUUCCGUAACCGGUAAAUCGAAACGAGAAAGAAAUUAUAGUAGACGUUAUAGCUGUAAAUAAAUUGUCCUCUGGUAGCACUUCUAGUCGUUCGAACAAAUGCCUAUCAGAUCGAAGAGAAACGAAAAAUGGAGCGAUGUCUGUAAUUUAAUUUCGUGUUCGGCAUCCGAGAAUUCCGAUUAUGUAUACCGACGCUUGUAAAAAGGUUUUCGUGUUUGUAAAACUAAAUACAUUCUGUA